AGAAGGAGUUUCGCAUACCAGGGAACCGUGGUGCCAUGUGUUGGUGAGGUGUGUAAGCGCUCGGACUUGAGGACUACACAUGUUCAGUCGGCGACUGAAUAACUGCAAUUUACACACAACAGUCGAUUAUCAAUGGUUGUCACAAUGAUGGCAUCAGCAGAGAUCGUGGUCCCCGAAGAAGAGAAACCGAAGGCGGAAGAAGCUGGAGUUACUGUGGACGGGAAAAGGAAAGCGGAGUCAGAAGACACUAUUUGCCCUACAAAAAAACUGAAAACCGUAAAUGAAGGUUUCUGUGUUUUUAUUGGCAAUUUGAACAAGACCAAGUCAUAUGAAGAAAUAAAAACCUCGAUUUUAAGUUACUUACUGAAAGAGAGUUUGUUGGUCCAGGAUAUUAGACUACACGCUGACAGGACGUUUGCAUAUGUAGACCUGGCAACCGAGAUAGACAUGGCCAAAGCCUUGACUCUGAAUGGUAAAAAGGUCCUUGAUUUGCCCCUGAGGAUUUCCAAAGCUAAAGUCAAGGUCAAAGAAGACAAGAAGAGGAAGAGAGCGAAACCUACUGCCGAGCAGAAAGCAGACAAGUUUGCAAAGUGGUUGUCGGUGACAAACCUUCCCCACAAUGCAACGAAGGCUGAAGUUAUGGGCAUCUUUAAAACUGCAGUUGAUGUAACGUUUCCCGGAGGAACCUCAGGCCCAACCAGAGGCAUCGCAGUUCUGCACUUUGAAACCAAGGAGCUUGCUGAAAAAGCCAUGAAGAAGAAAAAAGGGAAGAAGCUCAGAGACAGAGUGAUAAAGAUCAACGCUUACAGAUGUAAAAAUAAUGGCAGUGUUGAUGACGAAAACACUGAAGCCAUUGUGCAGGGAGGUGCUCCCACUAACACAUUGGUUAUUAAAAACCUGCCUCGUCUGGAAAGUGAGACGAAGCUAAAGAAGAUAUUCAAGAAUGCUGUCGGUAUCAACGUACCCAUGGACGGUAGCAACGCAAGAGGAUUUGCGUUUGUUGAGUUUAAAACUGACAAGGAAGCCAAGGACGCCAUGGAAAUGGCACGAGGCGUGAAGAUAUUGAAAAAGGCAAUCGACGUUGAGUACAGCAGAACUAAGUUACGGCCAGAAGCUGACGAAGUUCUCUUGACAACCUUGAUCGUAACUGGACUGGAUAAGAAAACCAGUGAGGAGACUCUUGCCACUAUGUUCGAAGGAUGCACGACUACCAGGAUCAUUCGAGACAAAAAAACGUCAACAUCGAAAGGGUUCGGCUUUGUUGAUUUUGCCAAGAAAGAAGACUGCCAGGCUGCCAAAGAGUCCAUGGAGGACUGUGAGAUAGAUGGCAAGAAGUUGACACUGGCCUACGCCAAGCCCCAGUUCACCCAGCCUACACAAAAGCCUAAAACACAGCCCAGUGUCCAGUCUGCAGAGAAGGCUAAAGUCCAGCCUAAACAGAAGCCCGGAUCACAACCUAAAAAACCUGUCUCUAAAGAUCAACCUUCUGCUGGCAAAACGAAGCCGUCAAAACGUAUAAGGAACAAGAAGAAAGGUAAUGUUGAGAUGAAUUUAGGCUUUUUUUCAGAUUUAUUUGACCACAAAAAGCUUUGA